AUGGGUAUGAAGUUGAAAAAAGUGCAUCGUGUGAUUCGAUUCCGCCAAGGAUCAUGGUUAGCUGAAUAUGUUGAUUUUUGUACUAAAAUGAGACAACAAGCCACUACUGCUUUUGAAAAAGAUUUUUGGAAAUUGAUGGUCAAUUCAAUUUAUGGAAAAACAAUCGAAGACAAACGAAAGCAUAGAAAAAUUUGUUUUGCUUUUGAUGAUCAUGAAGCUGAAAUCGCGUUAAGAUCACAGCUAUGCAAAAGAUAUAUCAUCAUGAGUGAAAACAGAGUGAUAUUCGAGUUGUUCAAUGGUAAAGUCGAGAUGAAUAAACCAAUAAUGGUUGGUUUUACUGUUUUGGAAAUGGCAAAGUUGAAGAUGUAUGAAAUUCAUUAUGACAGCUUUAAACAACAUUUUGGAGAAAGGAUCAAAUUACUGUACACUUAUACUGAUAGUUUAAUCUAUGACAUCAAAUCAGAUGAUAUCACCAAAGAUAUGGAGGGCCUUUCAUCACUAAUGGAUUACAGUAAUUAUCCAAAUGAUCAUGUUCUUUUCUCAGAUUGCAAUCUAAAAAAAGUUGGUUAUUUGAAAGAUGAGAUGGGUGGGAAAGUAAUUGAAGAGUUUGUUGCUCUGAAACCAAAACUUUAUGCAAUUAAAGUUGAAGAUGCAAUUAUGAAAAGAGCUAAAGGAGUGCAAAAGUCGGUUUUGAAGAAGAAAAUCAAUUUUGAUGAUUAUCUCAAUUGCCUGUACAAUAAUGAAGUUGAACGAGCCAGACAAACAAGACUCGGAUCUCAUAAACAUAUACAGGGUGACAAUUCAUAA